AUGAAAGGUCAAACAGCAUCGUGCCUCCCCAACCAAAGCUUGGCCCUUUUACAAUUCAAGCAAAGUCUAUCCCAAGGGUCGCAGCCAUUGUUAAGCACAUGGAAGAAUGAAUCAGAUUGUUGCGAGUGGCAGGGAGUCUCUUGCGACCAUACCACCGGCUUUGUCACCGGCCUCGACAUCAGGGAUCUCGGAGUGCAAGUCAGUGAUCCCAACUCUUCUUUAUUUCAACUUUCUCACCUCCAAAGUCUUGAUCUCAGCCGCAAUUUGGUCACUGGUAUGAUCUUCUCAAGAUUGUCGGAACUCAUUGACCUCACCAAACUUUCGCUCUCAGAUUGCCACUUAAUCGGUCCCAUUCCAGAAUCAUUCAAACUACUUUCAAGCCUAACCUAUUUAGACCUUAGCCAAAAUGGAUUGAGUGGAGAAAUUCCCCUAGGUAUAGUAAAACACCCCAACCUGCAGACACUGCGCGUUGCUAACAACAUGUUAAACGGUUGGUUUCCUGAUUUCGGUAAUGAGGUUUCCCCAUUAAUUGAUGUCGAUAUUUCAUAUAACAUGUUGGACGGGGAGAUUCCUCCUUCAAUAAUUAGAAAGUUGUCUCAUCUUGAAUUGUUGAACAUUCAAUGGAAUAGAUUUACUGGUACCAUCCACUUCUCCUUAUUCCAAAACCUGAGGAAUCUUUCACAUUUAGACCUUUCUUGGAACAAUUUGACAGUUGAGUUUCCCAAAACCGUUUAUGUCAAGCAUCAAGCUACAAUUUUUCCCAAUCUAGUAAUAUUAGACUUGAUGUCUUGCAACAUCAGAGGGGAGUUUCCUCAGUUCCUCCAAAACAUAAUGACCCUUCACUUACUAUACCUUUCACAUAAUAACAUAAGUGGGAAGGUGCCGACAUGGGUGUGGAGAAUACCAGAACUUUGGCAUUUGGAUCUGUCACAUAACAAGCUCGAUGGUUUUGAGGAAGUGGUCAAUAUUAAUGGUUCGAGGAACUUGGAUCUUCCGUUGAUGUUCGGCACAAGCUUGUCAUUGUUUGUGUCGAACAAUAACAUCAAGGGAAAAAUCCCGUCCACACUCUUCUGCAAUAUGUUUACAUUAGGACGUCUACACCUAUAUGAGAAUAACCUCACAGGUACCAUACCAGAUUGUCUAGCCAACUUGACCGGGUUAUAUGAGUUAAACCUCAACAAGAACCUACUACAAGGUCAGAUUCCAAGAAGGCUUAUUUGUGGUUCCCAGUUUUUGCCUGUAGUUGAAUUGAGCGACAACCAAUUCACAGGUGAAAUCACAAGAUUGCUCUAUAAUUGUAGCAAUAAUUACAUGUGGGUACUUGACCUGUCAAGCAAUAGAAUCACAGGUAGCUUGCCAGUCAAUUGGCCCGCAGCUUUUGAUCGACUAGAGGUGUUGGACUUGAGCAACAACCAACUACAAGGUCCAAUUCCAGAAGAUUUUAGCAAUUCCUCCACACCAGCUUUACGAGUGUUCAACCUCAAUGACAAUAAAUUGGUUGGCAGGAUUCCCAGGAAUCUUUCUAAGUGCAGCAAAUUGAUGGUUAUAAAUUUGGGCAACAAUGAGUUAAGUGAUGUUUUUCCCUUUUGGCUUGGCCAUUUGGACUACUUACGUGUGUUAGCAUUACAUGCCAACAAAUUGCAUGGCUCUAUUAGCUCCCCCUUCUCCAUGCAUAUGUUUUCUUCAUUGUUAAUCCUUGACAUUUCUGGGAACCAAUUGAAGGGACAUCUUCCCCCUGCCCUUUUUCAAAAUUUUAGUUCAAUGAUGAGGAAGCAAACAAAUGUUAGCUCCAAGGACCCAUCAGCUCUAUCAUAUCAGCUGCCAUUGUUAUUAACCAUCAAAGGACACAGCCAAAAAUGGAGGCUGAUUACCAUUUUGACAUGCAUUGAUUUGUCCAACAAUCUAUUCACUGGAACAAUUCCUGAUGAUAUAGGUUCACUAGACCGGCUUUAUUCAUUGAACUUGUCGAGGAACAACUUGGAAGGUGCCAUCCCGACGUCGUUCGGACAGUUACAAAGCAUGGAGUCACUAGACCUUUCUCACAACCACUUAUCAGGAAGCAUACCGGAAGAACUAACGAGAGACACAUUUCUCUCUACCUUGGACUUGUCAUAUAACAGCCUUGAAGGAAGAAUCCCUCAAGGCAAUCAGUUUGGCACAUUCAAUGCUACUUUAUUUGAUGGCAAUCCAGGGCUUUGUGGGCCACCACUGUCAAUCUCAUGCCCAAAUACCAACCGUGGCCCUCAAGACUCCAUUUAUCUUGUCGAAGAAAUGACCCGAGAUCCGCACUGGGAGUACUUAGCAGCAGGGAUUGGCUAUGCUGUGGGAUUCUUGACAACCAUACUGCCCAUCUUGUUUAUUCAGAAAGUGGGGACUUGGUUUUGUUUUCAUGUGGACAGGGCAUUUGAGACCUGCAUUAAUAUUCCUACUUUAUAUUCGAUUUCCUGCAGAGCAUAA